AUGAAGAUUGGUAUUCUUGUGAAGAUGGUGUCAGCAGCACUGCUCAUGGCUCAUUCUAUCGCUUCCAAGGCUAGUUCUAAGGCUACUACCACUACCAGUGCUAGUGUCACUGCCACUGCGUCUGCCGCUGCCGGCAGCGAAGCCCGAAGCGGUCUACACAGGCAUGGGAAAACACUAUAUAUUUGUGGCGGUUUUCUCAAUCACGAAGACAUAUCAUUAGCUUUGGAAGGUCUUUCAUCCCUCUUCGGACCCGACAGAAAGUCGCUGUCGCAAUUUCCUAGCGGUAGACACCUCGAUAAAGUGGUAUAUACUCACAACACGGCUCAAGCAUAUGUCUGUAGCCGGAAUUACGGAAAGUUUGCUAAUAUCGGGUCGGAGGAUAUCGUUGAAAACGUGAACGGGAUCAGAAAGGAAUGUGGGGGUGUUCUUUCCUCUACUGGGGAGCUCUGGUUCCAGACCUCGAUUAUUGUAUUGGUUUUGGUAGAAUUAAUGAGGCGACUUGCGAGCCCAAGAAUCUCCGAAAAACAUGGGGUAGCAUGGUUGGUUUGGUGUGAUCUACGGCUUCCUUGGUAUCCUCUUAUCUCGAGCUGUCAUAUUGAUCAAAAUGUGGAGGUUUAUCAUUUCUUCGAACAAUGA